UCGCGACGGAGAGGCUGAUCGUCACCUCUGAGAAGAUGAUGGGGUUCACUAGAAGUUAUCUCGUGAGCUUGUUCCUCUACAUCUCCAUUGUCAACGAGAUUCGCCAGCCUGCGGUGACAUGUCAAGACGAAGAAGGCAGCCAAUGCAUACCAAAGAAGAUCUUCCUGACGUUGUUGCGUUUACCGGAAGUUAGUUCGAAUCUGGCGGCAUAUUCGAGGACGGCGAGGAUAAUUCAGGAGGCGAAGAAUCAUAACGACAUGGCUCAUCUGAAAGCUCUCAGUUCCGAGGAGAAUGAUGACGCUGAAAUCUGUAUACCUAGUGAUAUCUAUCUGGAGCUCCUCAGGGAUCUUACGAUUCGUGGACAUCUCGUAACGCGGGAUUUGAUUCCCGAAUCGGAAAAACGCAGUCUCGCUACCUUGGCCAAAAACGAUGAUUUACCAGUCACCAUACAGGAGCGCGAGGACGAUGGCGAUGACGAAGAGAAGAGGAGUAUCAAUAUACCUGGCGAUAAUCUAGAUGAGCUGGUGCGCGCGUUGAUGGACGACGAGUAUCGUCGACGAACAUCCGGGAUCUACGAUUACCAAGUCGAGCUGGACCCAGAAAUGAUGGAGUAUCCUUUAGACAAACGUAACGUCGGCGCCUUGGCGCGGGACUUCGCAUUGCCCACGGGUAGACGUCACAUCGGCUCGGUGCUUCGCGAUUACAAUACGAUGAGCGGCAAAAGAAACAUCGGUUCCCUGGCCAGGCAGAGCAUGCUGCCUAUGAGCGGUAAAAGAAACAUCGCUUCUCUGGCGAGAGAUUCCAUACUGCCGCAGAAUGGUAAGAGAAACGUCGCCGCGCUAGCCAGGGAUUCCUCUCUGCCCUAUGGUAAGCGAUAUCUCGGUUCGUUGGUCCGAAACGGUGGUUAUCCGGUCCGUGGAUACGACGAGGGCAAGCGCAACAUUGCAUCGUUGGCCAGAAACGCCGAUUGGCCCGAUUUCAUGAAACGAGGCGGCACCGCGGGUGCAGGCAGGAUGAUCGCCCGGGUGCUCAACCGUCACGGGAGAUCUUUGAACGAUCACGAGACACCCAGUGAACCCUUGGACCUCCAGCAGCUUAUCAGACAAGAUCACAACGACGGGAACGAUGCCAAAGCGAAAGUUGCCGGCAACUGGCCCACACCCUUCAGCAUCUCGGAGGAGCUAGACAGCAGGGCGAAGAACAGAUCAAAUAGAAGGAUGGACGCAGCGACUUCACAAACGAGGCACAAACGACAGAUCGAUUUUUCCGAUGAGUAUCCGCUGCCUGUCGUGCAGAAUACUAACAUACUCGAUUACGAGGACAUGAUCGAGGCACUCGCCGAUCAUUAUCCGAACGCGGAGAAAAGGUUCAUGGGUUCCUCGCCGGAGAUGCCGGCCGACUCGGGCUACACUGAAGUAUUGCAACCAAGUAAGAGACAUAUCGGAGCCCUCGCACGCCUCGGCUGGCUCCCGUCGUUCCGUGCAUCACGAUUCUCUCGGUCACCGCGAUAUCUGGUCGAAAGGGAGGAUCCCGCAGAUGGGUCCUCGUCCAACUACACCCCCCACGCGUCAGCUAAGACUCGGUCGCUAAGACCGUUCAUCCCGAAAACCCGCUACCUGCAGUCCCUGCACCGCCUGCACGGAGAUUGUCGACAUGGCUUCAAGAGGUUCCUGUUACCGGACAUCGAUAACUUCCUGCGAACGUCGAACUCUCGCAUCGUGUCCCAUUCCAUGUAAAAGCCCUCGCCUCGCCUCUCUGCUCGUCCAGGGCGACGAUACCGUACAAAUUACGUUAUAUAUCGGACUCACACGUUUUACUCAGCAAACCGUAAGGGGAGUGAGAGGAAACGGAUGUAAAUAUUCGGAUCUUAUGUCUGACGUUCUUCCUUACUGGCCACUGAUUAUCCCUUGUCAACGGUAGAUAUCUACGAAUAUAUAUAUAUAUAUAUAUAUAUAUGUUUCGAUCAUUAAUGAUCUCUCAAGUAAUGAUCUACCGGCGAAUUAUAAAAAUAAUAUCAAAAAUUGCUAAAAAAAAGAAUUAAAGAAAAAGUUGAUCAAAAUUAGAAACGGUAAUGAAAGUGGGGAAGUCCGUCACGCAAUUUAAUCAGCGACUAAUUUCACAAACUCAUUGAGAAGAAUUGAUCUUAUCGCAAGAUCCGUCGAUGGACAAUAAGCUUACUGCUCGCCGACAAUAAUAGUUUCACGUAAUCCUAAUGAUUGACGCCUUAAAUGUGCCGUCUGUUUCGAACAGAUUUUAAACCGUUAUGCGAAAAGCGUAUAUCUGGAAAAGAAGCAAAUUUUUCUCGCUCAAAAAUAAAGUAUAGAUUUUCCUCCGCAGUUACAAGUUUCUGGAUGUUAUGUAAAGGACUUUGUCAUCGAUAAUCUCUAAAUUUACAAAUUUCUGUAAGCACGUAUGUUUCUCUUAAUAUUUGUAUCUCGAUGCCUCCUUCUAAUCGAUGUAUAGCAGACGUAUCUGCCAGUUUUUGUAAUUCGUGUAUUUUCCGAAGCAAGGCGAGAAAUAUCCUUGAUCGAAAUAAUAAUAUAACAAUGAUCGAUUAGCUCACGGUUUGCGAUUUGGCAUUGGUCUCUGAUCAUUAACGCCAUUUAAUAUCAAUAUCAUUAAUAAAUCACUUUUGGAUGUUCAUUGAGCAAUACCUCGCGAUUCUUUCUUUUCUCGUUGUGUCAUUUGCGAUGAUAUAUAUAUAUAGACGAACGAAGAGAGAACGAGAGACCAAUUUGGCCGUUAGUUUAAUAAAUCAUCGCGAGGUCGAAAUAUUUUAUUCCUUGACCAAUUUCCCAUUUAAAUGAGUGCAGUCGCGGGAGAGGCUAUAUGUUACUUUGAUGAUUGUUAUUUAGCUCGGGCUUCACCGAUAAAUCAUUGCGAGAUCGAAAUAUUUUAUACGGCGGCCGUGACGAAAUGUAAGAUCGUAAAAAAAAGAUAAAAAAUUCGCAUAUGUCAGUUCGACGACUAUUACUUGGUGAAAACGUAAAUUGUCGUCGAAGUAUUAAAAAAAAUGGUAUGUUACUCGCAAAAAGAAUAACUUACAAUUGCGAAAUACGAUAUAUCGACGACCAUUAACUAAUCGAAAAAGAUUGUUCGUCAUUCCCCAGAUAUUUCUCACCAUGUUACGAUCAGUAUUUUUCCUCGUCGUGUGAUUUUAGGUAGUUGUGAUGUUAAGAGUCAGAUGCAACGAAUAUAUAUUCAUUACAUUUGUUAAUUGUUU